CAUCAACAUCACCAUCAUCAGAAUCAUCUUCAUCACUGCCGUCGUCGUGGUCUUCCUUAUCAUCAUCAUCCUCCCCAUCCCUGCGCUCCAAGUGCUGAAGAAGAGGGGAGUCGCGCAGCCAAAGUAGGAGGACUAGGCCUGGUCAUAAAAGGCACUGCAAGACUGAGCUUUCACACAAGUCGUGCGUCUGUGGUGGUUGCAGGGAGUCUGUCAGACCAUGGCUCUGCAAGGGGCGCUCUUAGGGGUUAUAAUACUCCUCUCAGGUCAGUUUUGUUCCAUGUCAAGAGCAGAAACAAAUGUGUGUAAAACGUACGGCAGUGGGGUUAUUCAGUCAUUCAGUAAGACCUUGUUCUAUUUGAAAUCCACGUGUCCUGUCACACUGACUCGCUUCACUCUUCUGGGGGUAAACUGUGAUGUCACUGUCCAGCGUGGGUCAACCGGCCUCAUGACCAGAGUAGAGAUUUUGGUGAAUAAAGUUACGACCGUACUUCAGGAUGGCAAAGUCACUGUGGAAGGAAACAGUAUCUCUCUUCCCUUUGAACACACAUAUCAACAUGUGUAUCAGUAUGGUGUCUACAUCAAGCUUAGAAGCAAAGUUCUCCCUUUUUCUGUCACCUGGCGAAACCAUUCGGAGGGCGUCAGUUCGCUUUGGAUGCAGCUUGAUAGUCCCUUAGUGGAUGGGAUGACUGGGAUGUGUGGGCUGAAAAACAGCGCAACUUUAGGGCAGUUUACAUCUACCAAUGUUAUCUCUGAUGGAAAAUGUAUAACUGAAGAUUCUCUCAAGCCUCCUCAACCAUCAGCGGUUUGUGAAGUACUUUCUUAUGCCAUUGGGUGUCCUACUUCGGCAGUCACAUAUCUGGGACUCUGCUCACUUAGCAUGUUUAAAAACAUCAAUGUGGAUGCGAAAUGUGCGUUUUUUGAAGAGGUCGCUCGAUGGUGUGGAAAUCAGUCUCGACUGUGGCCAGUAUGGAGACAAAAAACCUCAUGUAAGCCACCUACCUGUCCUGGAGAUCUGAAAUAUCAGGAAUUGGGUCCCCCCUUUGCCCCCACCUGCACCAGCCCCCAGCCACCUUCAGAUAUCUUAAUCAGCACUUGCUUGCCCCCACCAGGCACGGUCCUGAAUGAUAGGGCUGAAGGCUACCACUGUGUUACCGUGAAGGACUGCCCAUGUGUAUAUGGAGGGAAGACAUAUCCACCAGGGGCACAGCGCAACUCCAAGUGUCAGUCAUGUGUAUGCGUCCAAGGCAAAUGGACCUGCUCUGCUAAUGUCUGUCCUCCUACAUGUAACAUUGAAGGACAGUUUGUCACUACCUUUGAUGGGAAACAAUAUUCUGUGCCAGGGAAAUGUACCUAUGUGGCUGCAAGGCAGGGAUUCAAAUGGAAAGUGGCUGUCAAGUUUUCUGACACAGAUGCAUCUAUAGCAGAAAUGUACCUUGAAGUGUAUCAGGAGAAAUACACCUUUUCUUCGCAUAGUGUGAAACUUGGACAAGACGAAAUCACUGAUCUGUCUCAGACUGAUUACACUACAGUUUUUUGGCAGUCUUCAAUGUUUGUUCAGGUCCAAACAUCGUUUGGCAUGAAAAUGAAAGUGCAGGUUUUUCCAGAAAUCCAACUCUAUUUGUAUUUACCACCAACUGAAAAGACUACAGGUCUUUGUGGAACCUAUAACAAUGAUACAGAAGAUGACUUCACCACUAGCAGUGGAAUUGUAGAAAAUGCAGUUCUGCCUUUUUCCCAGUCCUGGACAAUGGGAGGAUGUAGUCCACCUGAUUCUUCCAUAUGCAUCAAUACUGAGAAAGAGAUAUUUGCUGAAGAGAAGUGCAGCCUUUUGAGAAACACAAGCAGUAUGUUUGCCCGCUGCCAUGAUUAUGUACCUGUUAGCAUGUUUUUUGAUGCCUGUGUUCACAGAACCUGCCAGUGCACCUCUGGACUAAAGGACUGUCUGUGUGUUGCCCUCAGCAAUUACGUUAAAGCCUGCGCCAGUCAGGGAAUUAACAUCGGUGACUGGAGAGCAGAAACUGGCUGCAAUAUCGUCUGCAACGGCAACCUGAGGUUCAGUUACAACAUGCAGGCUUGUAACCAGACGUGUCGCUCUUUAACGGGCCGUGAUCCCACUUGUGAAGUUCAGGUUGACCCUGUGGAGGGCUGCGGCUGCAUGCCAGGAACACACCUCAACACCCCGCAGGAGUGCAGCCCUAGCACCCUCUGUAUGUGCCACUACCAGGGAGGAUCCACACGUCCGGGACCUGUGACUAUUGACGGGCGAGAAUGCAUGUGUGAAAAUGGAAAUCUCAGCUGUUCUCCUAUUUGCGACUGUCCAGGGGGAAAAUUAUGUGUGCACUGUGCACAAGCAAAAGUAAACACAGCGCAAAAGACAUGUGAAAGCCUGAGCAAGCCAUUUAGUGUUGAUGAGAACUGCACCAGUGGCUGCUACUGUCCUGCAGGCCUGUUUGAAGACCAUAAUGGCACUUGUGUGACUCAGGAGAACUGCACAUGUGAAUUCAGUGGUAGUGUUUAUGCAUCUGGGCAGAGCGUGGAGACAAAUUGUAAAAAAUGCAUCUGCAGAGGAGGACAGUGGUACUGUGAAGGGGAGCCAUGCCCAGGGGUGUGUGAGGUGUUUGGCAAUGGACAGUAUAAUACCUUUGACUCAAUGUGGUACCGCUUUGAUGGGAAUUGUCAGUAUACGCUGGUUGAGGAUGCCACUGGGGAUGGCCACAGGCAGUUUGCAGUCAGGGUGGAGAGUGUGCCUUGCUGUGACGAAGCCUUGACCUGUUCUCGUGCAAUUUCAGUGGAUCUCCAGGAUGUGGUGACUCUGAUCCUGCGUGAUAUGAAUGUGACACAAACACUGAAGGCUGGGUGGCAACUCCAGGCGCAGCCCCUAUACUCUAUCCAUACUGUGGGCCUCCACAUCAUCAUCUCAGUGCCAGAUCUGGGGCUCACUGUGAUCUGGGACAAAAACACCAGAGUCAAAAUCAAGUUGCAGGCCAGAUGGAAGGGUAAAGUGCGGGGUCUGUGUGGCAACUUUGAUGGAAAAGUGAUGAACGACUUGCUGACCAGUAGCUCCUCUGUGGUGUUCAGCACAUUGGAGUUUGGGAACAGCUGGAAGACGGCUGUCCCACCCUGUUCAGAUGUGACCCAGGAAGUAUUUCCCUGUGAACGUCAUUCGUACUGUGAAGCCUGGGCUCAGCGCCGCUGCAUGAUCCUGCAAAGUGACACAUUCAGAGACUGCCACUUAAAGGUUGAUCCAACACAUUACUACCAGGCCUGUAUUCUAGAGUCAUGCUCAUGUGAGUUUGAGGGGAGGUUCCUGGGAUUCUGCACAGCUGUAGCAGCAUACGCUGAAGCCUGCACAGCACAGAAUGUCUGUAUCAAGUGGAGGACACCAGACUUGUGCCCGGUGUAUUGUGACUAUUAUAAUGAAGAGAGCAAGUACGGUUGGCAUUAUGAGCCAUGUGGUCAGAUCGAGACUUGUGGGAAAAAGCACCGCCUUACUGGAAGGCUUGAAGGUUGUUACCCAAAGUGCUCUGCAGAGAUGCCAUAUUUUGAUGAGAACACAAGAAAGUGCUCCACUUUGGACAACUGCACAUGUGUUUUCAACAACACAGUAAUUAGACCUGGUGAUAAAGUGACUACAUACAAGGAAUGCUGUGAAUGCAUCGGUGGACAAAUAAUUUGUGGAGACUGUGAAACACCUACCCCUGCAAAGAAGAUAAUAAUUUACACUACAGGAACUACAACCACAACAACUACAGAAAUAUCAAGCACAACUGGAAAAACUAAACCUGCAACUUCACUAAUUACAGCUACGUCAAGGACAACAGUGAUUAAAAGAACCACAGAAACACCAGGUAUGACUAAACAAACUGAAACAACAAAUAAACAAGAGACAACACUGACCACAACAUCAACAACAGAAAAAAUAGCUACAACUGAACGAAUUGUACCUACAACUGUACAAACUACAACUAUACCAGAGACAACAGUCACCAUAACAACGUCCGUAAUACCUGGUACAACUGGAAGAACUGAAACUACAACUACGCUAGAGACAACAGUGGCCACAACACCAAUGACAGAAACACCAGGUACAACUGAAAAAACUGAACCUAUAACUCCACAAACUACAAGUAUACCAGAGACAACAGUUACCACAACAUCAUCUGAAAUACCAGGUACAACUGAAGGAACUGAAACUACAACUUCACAAACUACAACUAUACCAGAGACACCAGAGACAACAGUUACCACAACAACAUCUGAAAUACCAAGUACAACUGAAGAAACUGAAACUACAACUUCACAAACUACAACUAUACCAGAGACAACAGUCACCACAACAACAUCUGAAAUACCAGGUACAACUGAAGGAACUGAAACUACAACUUCACAAACUACAACUAUACCAGAGACAACAGUCACCACAACAACAUCUGAAAUACCAGGUACAACUGAAGUAACUGAAACUACAACUUCACAAACUACAACUAUACCAGAGACACCAGAGACAACAGUUACCACAACAACAUCUGAAAUACCAGGUACAACUGAAGUAACUGAAACUACAACUUCACAAACUACAACUAUACCAGAGACAACAGUCACCACAACAACAUCUGAAAUACCAGGUACAACUGAAGUAACUGAAACUACAACUUCACAAACUACAACUAUACCAGAGACACCAGAGACAACAGUUACCACAACAACAUCUGAAAUACCAGGUACAACUGAAGUAACUGAAACUACAACUUCACAAACUACAACUAUACCAGAGACAACAGUCACCACAACAACAUCUGAAAUACCAGGUACAACUGAAGGAACUGAAACUACAACUUCACAAACUACAACUGUACCAGAGACACCAGAAACAACAGUUACCACAACAACGUCUGAAAUACCAGGUACAACUGAAGUAACUGAAACUACAACUUCACAAACUACAACUAUACCAGAGACACCAGAGACAACAGUCACCACAACAACAUCUGAAAUACCAGGUACAACUGAAGUAACUGAAACUACAACUUCACAAACUACAACUAUACCAGAGACAACAGUCACCACAACAACAUCUGAAAUACCAGGUACAACUGAAGGAACUGAAACUACAACUUCACAAACUACAACUGUACCAGAGACACCAGAAACAACAGUUACCACAACAACAUCUGAAAUACCAGGUACAACUGAAGGAACUGAAACUACAACUUCACAAACUACAACUGUACCAGAGACACCAGAAACAACAGUUACCACAACAACAUCUGAAAUACCAGGUACAACUGAAGGAACUGAAACUACAACUUCACAAACUACAACUAUACCAGAGACAACAGUCACCACAACAACAUCGGAAAUACCAGGUACAACUGAAGGAACUAAAACUACAACUUCACAAACUACAACUAUACCAGAGACAACAGUCACCACAACAACAUCUGAAAUACCAGGUACAACUGAAGGAACUGAAAUUACAACUUCACAAACUACAACUAUACCAGAGACAACAGUCACCACAACAACAUCUGAAAGACAAAGUACAACUGAAGUAACUGAAACUACAACUUCACAAACUACAACUAUACCAGAGACACCAGAGACAACAGUCACCAUAAUAACCUCCAAAGUACCUGGAACAACUAUACCAAAGACAAUGGUGACCACAACACCAAUGACAGAAACACCAGGUACAACUAAAGGAACUGAAUCUACGCCUCUAGUACUUACACUUCCACCUGUAAGCACCAAGUCACCAUAUACAUCAGGUCAGCAGUCUGUGGUGACAACUCUUCCAGUCACAUCAACACAAUACACAACUGUAGGGUUUUGCAGGGACCCCUUGAGAAACCAAAGCUGGCCCAGUGGUGCUGAGUGGAAAGAGGAUUGCUUCUAUAAGACCUGCAGAAAUGGCACUAUUGAGAUGAGACCUGUCACAUGUCCAGCUCUGGUCCCGCCAGUGUGCCGUGAAGACUUGAUGCAGGUGGUGAAAAAUGAGGAGGGCUGCUGUGAAAUUUGGCAGUGCGACUGUCAGUGUGAGCUCUAUGGAGACCCGCACUACAUUUCCUUCUCAGGAACUACAUUUGACUUUCUGGAAAACUGCACUUAUACAUUGAUGAAGGAGAAGAUUCCUCGGCACCACCUUAGCAUUGCAGUGGAUAAUUACUACAGCACGUCUUUGCUGUUCGGCUCAUCAGUCAAGGGUGUCGUUCUGAAGUACCAGAAUGACACAGUCACGCUCCAGUUUAAUACUGAUAAUUACACAGUGGAGGCUACUAUGAAUGGCAUACUGGUCCAGCCACCCUACAAAGAGAAUGGCAUCAGGUUUGAGAGCACAAAUUUUAAGGUCUUCGUUUACAUUGAUAAAAUCCGCUCUCACAUCUCUUUCGAUCCAGACAACACAUUGCAGAUCACUCUUGCAAUGGAACACUUUCGAGAUAACACUGUUGGACAGUGUGGGGUAUGUGGAGGGCCCUCAUGUGUACGUAGGAAUGGUCGAGCUGAGAGUGAUGACUGUUGUAACAUGACUGCCUAUGACUGGGUAGAAAAAGACCCUCUGAAGCCCCACUGUGAUUAUGUCCCCAAGGAUUUACCCUGUGUCCCGGUCACCCCACCUCCGCCACCUCCGCCCUGUGUGGCCCCUCUCUGUGACCUCCUCAGACAUGAAGUGUUUCAUGAGUGUACUCGGAGUCUUGAUGUGGAGACUCUGGUGACAAACUGCAGGUUUGAUUACUGCAUGGUUAACCGGAAUAUGAGCAUCUGUUCCCCACUGCAACACCUGAGUGAGCGCUGCAAAAGAUUGGGCUUCUGUGUGCACUGGAGAAACCUCACCAUGGGGGCCUGUGAUGUCACAUGUCCUGGUGGGAUGAUUUUUGAUGAGUGUCGCAGCACUCCAGAUGAUGUCUGUCAAAGCGGACUGCGUGUUCAAGGGAAAUUUGGCACAGAUAGUAUGAGAUCUGGCUGCUUCUGUCCAGGCAACACAUGGCUUGCAGACGAACAUAAGACCUUCUGUGUAUCUGAAUGCACCAAAUGCAAAGGCCCACUAGGAGAGCCCAUGCUGGCUGGAGCAGUGUGGGAGUCAAAUUGUCACAUAUGCACAUGUAACAACCAGACUCUGACGGAGGAGUGCAUACCAAUGCCUCCUGCUCCAGACCCAAUCUGUGGUGCAGACUCCAUGCUUGUCUCAGGCUGCUGUGGCAACCAGAUAUGUGUUGAGAAGACGUGUGAGUACAAUGGACAGAAAUACAAGGUUGGGGACACAUGGACAGACCAUUCACGGCCCUGUGUGUCGUUUAGCUGCACAUCUGCAGGCACUGAGAUAGAGAGGCGUGUGUGUCCUGAGCAGAGCUGUUCUGAAGAACUCCGUGUGUGGGACGAGCAUCAUUGCUGCUACUCAUGCAAUGUCACCUGUGCAGUCAGAAUAACCAAGAUGACCAUUAAAGUUGACGACUGCAGUCAGGAAGUGGAAUUACCCAACUGUGAAGGCUACUGCCCAUCAAAGUCUCUGAUGGUGCGGUCUGGAAAGAUUCUGCAGCUGGAGCAAGAGCGCCGCUGCUGCCGAGAGAAGAACUAUGAGAUCAGACGACUUUCUUUGAGCUGCAAAGGAGCCACACCCAACCAUUACACCUACAACCACAUCACCAGCUGUGAUUGCCUGCCUGAUGCCUGAAAUCCCAUCAACUUUAGAUUAUCAUUACAAUGAAGGAAAAUAGGAUUCAGAAAUGUUGCAUGAUUUGAUUUGUGUGAUUUGAUUAUAUUAUCAGUGAUUUAGCUUUAAUUGUGAAUUGUAACUUUUUGAGCUCAUCUUUUUGCCUUUUUUAAAAAUUCUGGUGUUUUCUACAUUCCGCUGCCAUAUACUGAGCCAAACUGCCAUGAGGACCAUCUGUGUAAGGCUUGCCUUUUUUGCUGGUGUUUAAAUUGUGAUAUUAAGUAUGUGUCAUUCUAUCAAAACCACAGUGAAGAAAGACAAACAUAGUAUAAUAGUAGUACAUAGUAGUUUUAGAGCACAGGUUUCAGUGUUUUUAGUGCACAGUUGACCUGUCUUUUUUGGUGUUUUGUGCUCUUUUUUUUUGUUUGUUUGUUUCUAAAGCACUUUGAUAGUAAAUGAUUGAUUGAAAUGCUGUAAUGAUGGAUUCAAAUGAUGUAAUCAUAUAAUA